CUUUAACGAAUUAUGUGGCAAAACAAGAAAUAUCAGCAUUUGGCCAUUGGGCUGAUUGUUAUGGGCUUGACGCUUAUAACAUACGCAUUCGAUUAUCGCACUGAGAAAAUAUUCAACGCAGUGCGCGGACUGCAGCUGAUUGGCACCAUUAGCCUGUUCUAUGGCAUAAAGAAGCAGCAACAGGUGCAUAAGCAGCACUUUGUGGGCAUCUGGCUGUGCACCAGUGCGGUUAGUCUGCUGGUGUUCAGCGCUGUGAGCUUUUUCUUUUUGGAAGCCAUGUUCAGCUGGUGGGACUUUGCUUCGGCGUUCUUUUCAUUACUGGGCUGCCUACUGGCCACAGCUGCUAUUGCCUUUGGCAUGAUUGUCAUAUACAAGUCGCAUAUUGAGGCAAUGGCUGUUAACACGUCAGCGCUUUCGGCCAAUGAGCGCACAGCCAUUCGCAAUCCAUUCGAGCAGCAGGAGAAGCCACCAGCGUAUGUAGCACCCACCAGCGAGCAGCUUUCUGUUUCAGUACAGUCUUAAACGCAGCAGCAGCUGCAUUUGUAAUUUAGUGCAAUAAAGCAAACUACUUGGCGUACUUGGCGUAUGCUUAACGUAUGCCAAACUUGCCAGUAAACAAAAGUUUUUGAGCGCCUAACAAA